GUGCCCAAUGGAGUGCCGGACGCCGGUGACAUCUCAGGGUGACAUAGCCGGUGACAUUUCAUUUCAUGAAAAUGGGUCAUGUUUUUAAAUUAAAAAACAACAACACAUAAUUAUAACAAUAUAACCUUAUAUAUAGUUGGAUAGAUAUGUGAAGACCUGUUUAAAAACAAGAACAUUUGUUUAAAAUUAUAUAACUGUCUAAUAUUAUGAUGGUUGACUUUAUGGAUCAAGCUCUAAAUUUAGGUAGAGAAGCUUUGGAAGCAAACGAAGUUCCAGUGGGAUGCGUAUUUACGCUGAAUGGAGAAAUAAUUGCUGAAUCUAGAAAUACUGUAAAUGAAACCCGAAAUCCUACUAGACAUGCCGAAAUAAACUGUAUAGAUAAGGUUAUAAAUUAUUGCAAACAAAAAAAUCUUCAGAAUAGCUUAGUUUUCGAACAAAUAGUUGUUUAUGUUACUGUAGAACCUUGUAUUAUGUGUGCAGCUGCAUUAAAAAAGUUAAAAGUUAAAGAAGUAAUAUAUGGUUGUGCAAAUGACAGGUUUGGCGGUAAAACAGUUCUCAAUGUAGGUGAAAUUUAUGAGAAUGGUUUCAAACUAACUGAACACAGCAAAGGAGAUCAAGCUAUGCUUUUAUUGAAACAGUUUUACAAGGGCACUAAUCCUCAUGCACCGGAAUCAAAAGUUAGGAAAAAAAAGUAAUUAUGUAUGGAAGAAAUUGGAAACAUUGUAGAAACAUUAAAAAAUCUCUCCUAUCUA